AUGGCGCCCUCCAGUGGCCAUCAACUUCUCCCCAAAAUAUGUCGGGUUGCUAGAUUCGCUUUCGAGAAGGCAACAAGAGUCGUCAAGGCCAGGGUUUCGGAGCAGUUCGAAUCCUCUCGCCUUGCUUACCAGCCCAUUUAUGCUCGAUCCACCCACCGUCAGGCUAUCAAUAGGAUUGCUGCCAUCCGACAGGCCCAACGUCGUUUCUAUUCUACCUCCCGAUCCGCUACCCGUCUCUCCACGCACGCAUUCCAAUCGUCCAAGAUUUGUGCUGCGGUUAGCCGUCUAACUACUCGAACACCCUUUGCGUCCACGCUGCGUCCGAAUCUCACAGGCGGUACGCUUGGCAGAACAGCUGGCGGAUAUACAAUCGGAGCCGGACGGCUUGGCGGUGCAAGAUAUUUCUCCAAUUGCCCAGCAACUCCAGCCCAAGUUGUUCAAAAUGUGUCCGCCGGAGUUCGUGCUUUUUGGCUUUCUGGCCAAAGAGUUAGGUUUGAUGGUGUAGAUCCACAAACAGGUCGCAAAAAUUACCGAGUAGUCACCGCUCUCCAAGAGGAGACUUGUCGCAAAAUGCAAGCGAUCCCUAGGAACGCCCCUGGCUCCUAUGUUGACUUCAAAUUAUCCCCAACAAUCAUCGCAUUCAGCCGUCUGACUUUCGCUGCUGAUACCGUUGAGCCCAUUAACUUGAAUACUGACAACUUGAUGAAUUUCCUUUCCAUCGAUUUCGCCCGCGCGUUGAAAGACUUCGCAGCAGUUUUGAAUGACUUGAAACGACUUUCCGCGCUGGGUGACUUACCCCUGUCACUGCAUGACCAGUCCACUUUACGGGUACGAUUUCCUGGGUGUGAUGCAGAGUCUGUCGAGCGCUUAUGUGACGAAGUUGGCGUGCAAAGAGGGGUGAUCCAUCAGGACGAGGAUUUCGAGAUCCAGAAUGGCUCUGAGAUGGCACUUCUGUUCCCAUUUGCGCCCAGCCACAUGGGUUCGGAGCCCGAGUUUUCUGGCCGCGGUCUCGGGUAUCACAAGUCCCCCGAUAUGCUCAACUGGCGUCAUAUGAUGUCCUUAGAGGAACUGGACGAGCCGUCCUAUUUUACCACAGGGCACGAUUACCAUUAUGUGGGAAGUAAUGAACGUAAUCCGUGGUCCUCCUCUCCGACACCUUCAGGAUACUCCAGCAUGAAUAUCAGUGAGCUAGGAGAUCGUGUCUUUUUCCCUGACCUGACCGAAUCAGCUAAUGGUGGCGGUGACCCUUCUCACUACGGCGGAUUCUAA